AUGUCUACACAAACGCGAGUUGUCCCCGUUCAACGGCUCAGCCAAGGGCCUGGCGAUUUAUCUUUGGCGGAAUGGUGGGAGAAGGAGCGCAGCCAAAAAACACCCGAAUCUAAGGCCAUCCAAGAAGCCGCCAACCUCCUCCGGUCCAGUGACAUCCCCGUCGCGUUUCCUACCGAGACAGUGUAUGGCCUAGGAGCCGAUGCCACCCGCAGUUCUUCUGUCCAGGGAAUCUACCGUGCGAAACAGCGGCCCUCAGACAACCCGUUGAUUGUUCAUGUCGACUCAAUCGACAUGCUUGGGCGUCUGCUUAACCCUACUCCUCAAGGCAGCCCUGGCUCAACCAAAACGCCACAAAUCGGCCUCCCUUCAAUCUACAAACCUCUGAUCGAUAGAUUCUGGCCUGGCGCACUGACAAUCAUUCUACCUAACCCAUCCGGAUCCAUCCUGGCGCCAGCGGUCACCUCCAGCCUGACUACAUUCGGCGUCCGCAUCCCCUCUUCCCCACUGGCGCGUCUACUCAUCCACGCAACAGACCGUCCCCUCGCCGCGCCAUCUGCAAAUGCAUCCACCAAACCAUCCCCAACAACCGCGCAGCACGUAUACCACGAUCUCAAAGGCCGCAUCGAGCUGAUUCUCGACGGCGGCGCAUCCGGCGUUGGCGUUGAAAGCACCGUGGUUGACGGGUUAUGCGACCCACCAGCGAUUCUGCGCCCUGGCGGCAUCGGCAUUGAAGAAAUCCGGAAAUGUGAAGGGUGGGAAAACGUAGCAGUCGGUUACAAAGACGGCACGCUGGACGUGAAGGAGGUUCCACGUGCACCGGGCAUGAAAUACCGCCACUAUUCGCCAAAAGCACGGGUGGUUCUGUUCGAGUCGACAUCCAGCCCAGCCGGAGUGGUGAAGCAUGUCCAAAAGGACUUGAAAGACACAGCCAUCGGCGCACAGAAAAUUGGCAUUAUCCGUACGCGGAACUGGAAACUUGGCUUGGAGCUCGCUUCGGAAGAGGACAUCACCAGUACCAUGACCCCUGUGUCUUCUGCCAUUGACAACAUUGUCAGUUUCCCGAUCCCCGUGAUGGAGAAUGGAAACCCGAGUAGCCGCACGAAGAUGGCAUAUGAUUACCAUCUUGGCUCAGAUGCUGUUUCCAUCGCGCAUGGUCUCUUUGCCGCCCUGCGUGGGCUCGAUGAACUUGAUGUCGAUGUUAUCUACGUGGAAGGCGUGUCAGAUUGCGAGGGUGAUCUGGCCGCAGCUGUCAUGAACCGGCUACGAAAGGCUGCUGGUGCUGAAAUGCGGGUUUAA